AUGGCAGCAAUAAAAACAUCGAUUGAAGAGCUGAAGAGCAGAACACAAACGGCUGCAAAAGGGAUGUCAGGUACAAUAGUGGAGGCAGCUCAAGAAGCAGUUCAGCAGGUGGCUGAAUCAUCCAAGGACACCACAAAAACAGCCACUGAAGAAGCAUCAAAGCAAACACAAACUGCUAUCGACUCUGCUGCUUCCAAAGCACAGGACAGCAUCAAAGUUCUUGGCCAGAGGCUUGUUCAGAAAUAA